UAGAGGAAGUGGGAGGGAUUUUUUUUAGUAGUAUAUUUUCAAAUUCUAGCCACUCUUGAUUUCUAUUUCUGUGAGCAAGCGUACACGCAACAGACUGUGACUGUAAUCAUUCGUUCACAAAAAUUAACUGAUUUGGUAUGCGGUAUAACUUAAAGUUACUUGGCUUCUAUAUGCGAGUAUUCAGGUUAUCUCGGCCUCGACCUGCUGGAUAAGUUCGGUACCACAUUCGCCACAAGGCGCCAUAUUAGAUCGACAACAUUGCUGCGGACGAAGACGAGGAAGAGAUAUUUCAGUGUACAGGGGUACUCAGGCUGAAGUAACCUUAGUCAGUUUUCAUAAUAUUCACGGUGACUGCUGUAUGGUUGACAACAAGUAACUGAGUGAAAUAUCUCGGACAGUGUAGUCCGAGGUGCGUUGUUUUCGUCGUUAGCUAACUUGUCCGGAGACAUGACUUCCUUGACUUUGCGGAGUUCGGGCCUCGUACAGAGGCGGACCGAAGCGUCGCGCAAUGCUGCUGACAAAGACCGUCCGUCCGGCCAGGAGGAUCACGAGCUCCGACGGGGAAACGAACAGGACGAAGAUGAGACCGGAGACCGCAAAGAAACACGUCUCACGUUGAUGGAAGAAGUGUUGUUGUUAGGACUGAAGGACCGAGAGGGCUAUACCUCAUUCUGGAAUGACUGCAUUUCAUCAGGGCUGCGAGGAUGCAUGCUGAUUGAACUGGCCCUGCGAGGCCGCCUUCAAUUGGAGGCUUGUGGCAUGAGGAGGAAAGGCCUGCUGGCCAGGAAGGUAAUUUGCAGGUCAGAUGCUCCAACAGGUGAUGUGCUCCUGGAUGAAGCCCUAAAACACAUCAAAGACACCCAACCACCAGAGACUGUGCAAAGCUGGAUUGAACUUCUCAGCGGAGAGACAUGGAACCCCCUGAAGCUUCAUUAUCAGCUGCGGAAUGUCCGUGAGCGGCUGGCGAAAAACUUGGUGGAAAAGGGCAUCCUCACGACUGAAAAGCAGAACUUCCUGCUGUUUGAUAUGACCACACAUCCUCUAACCAACAACAAUAUUAAGCAGCGUCUCAUCAAGAAAGUCCAGGAGGCCGUACUGGACAAGUGGGUAAAUGACCCACAUCGCAUGGACAAACGGCUGCUUGCACUCAUCUUCUUAGCCCAUUCCUCUGAUGUCCUGGAAAAUGCCUUUGCUCCACUGCUAGAUGACCAAUAUGACUUGGCCAUGAAGAGAGUUCGGCAGCUGCUGGAACUGGAGCCAGAGGGAGAGAGCAUGAAAGGCAACACAAAUGAAUUGCUAUGGGCUGUGGUGGCUGCCUUCAUCAAGUGAACCUACCACAAAGACAGAAAGCAGUUGUGGAACCAAGUGGCAUUGUACAUUGACGUAGGAAUCAGAGUACUGACCCCAACAUGGUAACUUGACUGGCAGACACUUGGAAUGGGCUGCUCUCUGCUCUUGUCCUUCUCAUUUUUUCCCUUCCUGAUAAAUGUCUUCAUUGAUGCUUCAUGGCUCUGUUUCACCUCCAUGUGGAUGUGUUCACUUUUGCUUAAUAACUUAUUGUUCUUGAGGCGGUUGGUAAUGAUAAUCCUUUAUUUUCUGUUGAUUCUAUCAUGAAAAAAAUGUGUCUGUUUUUAUGGCACAAGUUAUGCCCUAAACAUGUUGCUAGUAUAUCAACAGAGAAACACUGGAUUCCAACUGAGAAGAGCACUAACCACUGUGCUGCCUUACAUGCCAUCCCUUCUUGCCUAAAACUGAGUGGAAGAUCAUUUGAAGAGCAGGACAGAAAACCUAGAUAUGCAUGGAUGCUAUAUGCAGUGCCAGGAAGAUAGAGCGCUGACUUAUAUGACCUUUCUUAUCACUUACUUUGACCUCAGCCUGUUCAAUAUUUUGGAAAAACAUUUAAAAUGACAAGCCAAAACAAGAUGAAACUCAGUAGACUUGUGUCAUUGUGUAAUGAUAGUGCUAGAUUAAUACAAAUAUUUAAGUUCUGAUCAUGUGUAGAAUUGAUGGGGCUGAAAUAGAAGGUAUGAUGAUGGACAAAAAAUAAAUUUAUUGAAUACUAA